AGUACAAGUAACAGAAUUAACUAGUCAAGUUGCCAAACAAACCUUCCUAGAAACUCUUAAUUAUUGGCUUAUCCAGUUGAAAUAAUCAACAUUUAACAACUUGAGCUGCCAAAUACUCAACUUAUCAUCUUCUUAUAGCCUCUUAUCUCCUUACCAGCACCAAAUAAGUUGGGAAAAGUCCUGAGAGCAACUAUGUAUUGCCAUGUUCUUUUUCUUCUAUUGCUACAAGGGAUUGGAGCUACAAGUAGACCUUUGCAGCAGAGUUUUAGAGAAGUGAUUUCAGAUGGCACUGAUCACAUUCAAGAGAGUUCUUCGCUUAUCCGUUUAUAUGGAGAGGAUUCUGCAGAGUUCUGCGAGCAAAUGUAUGGAUUUCUUCCAUGCUCUAACACUCUCCCAGGGCACCUCUUCCUUAUCUUGGUUUAUGAAUAUCUGUUAUUCCAUGGAGAAUCCUAUGUUGCCGCGGGAGGUGAACGGAUAUUCAAGAUUCUUGGCCCUGGUGUCUUUGGUGCUAGUGCAUUUCAGAUUCUUGGAUUUCUACCUGAGACUUUGAUACUCCUAGCAUCAGGCCUCUUGAACAGUGAAGAGGUUGCCCAAGAAUAUGUCUUAACUGGAGUGGGAUUGCUAGCUGGAACAACAAUCUUGCUUCUCACCAUCAUUUGGGGAACUUGUGUAAUUGUUGGGAAUCAAGAAUUAAGAAAUGACACCCAAUCUCAACCUCCAUCCCAUUCAGAAGACCAAAAAACCCAUCUAGAGGCAUUUCUAUCACGAUCGAAAGGUCCUGGUGUGGUCACAGAUUUGGAGACAUGCAAGACAGCAAGGAUAAUGGUAUCUUCAGUGAUACCUCUCGCGAUCAUGCUAAUUCUAAGAGUUCCUAGUUACUUUUCUUCAUGGGAGCAACUAACAAUCCUGAUCUGUCUAGUUGUCUCUGUUGUGUUCCUGCUCCUUUACUUCUUCUACCAGAUUUGUCAGCCAUGGAUCCAGAAAAGGAGAUUAGAAUAUGUAAAGCAUGAGCACCUGGUAGUGGACAUACUCAAGCAUUUGCAGAACCAAGCCAUUGGGAAACUCCUUACAGAAGAUGGCACCUUAAAUGUACCUGCAAUAAAAAAGUUAUUUGACGAAAUUGAUCAAGACAACGAUAGCUUUAUAUCGGUCCUUGAGCUGAAGGAACUCUUAAACAAAAUCAGAUCAAGGAAGUUAAGAGAGGACAAGGAUCACAUAACACAAGAGAUAUGGGGGGAUUUGGAUCAUGACUCCGAUGGCAAGAUAACCUUGGAAGAAUUUAUGGAAGGAUUCGAAAAAUGGAUAGGUGAAACAAAGCAGACAAUGAAUAGGCGGUAUCACUCUACAAGAUCUUUAAAAGAUUUAUACGAGAUACUCAAACCUUGGAUUCAAAAGAAAAAAGAAGAACAUGAAAUGACGAAGCAUAUUAUAUCAGUUAUCCUUAAACAUGUUCAAGAUUCUGCUAUAGGAAGCCUCUUGACAGAAGAUGGGAAACCAGAUACGAAUGCCAUAAAAAGACUAUUUGAAAGCAUUGAUAAAGAUGGAAAUAGGGUCAUUACACGUUCUGAGCUGAAAGAACUGAUAAAUAAGAUCAAGUUUGGGAUAGUACCUUCAAAUGCCGAAGAAACAGUGGACAAAAUAAUGGAAGAACUUGAUGCAAGCGGAGAUAAACUGAUCAAUGAGGAUGAAUUUGUUAAUGGAUUAUGCAAAUGGCUACAUAUUACCAACAAGCAUGUUCCCAGUACAGUGGAGUCCAAAGAUGAUGUCUAUUAUCAAGUAAGGAAAAGUAUAAUCUUUUUCUUAGUACAUACCAUUUUAAUCUCAAGAUAUUUGUUCAACUUUCUUUACAUAAAUUUGCAGAAGAACUUGAAAACAAUUGACAGGCUGCUAGAGAAUCGCCUUGAUGGGUCUACACUUGCCUGGACUAAGGCCAUAAUGCUUUUGGCUCUUGGAAUAGCUAUGCUAGGCCUUCUAGCAGAACCUCUUAUACAGAGUGUACAGAAUUUAUCUGCAGCUGCAAAUGUUCCUUCAUUUUACAUAUCAUUUAUCUUAGUCCCUUUGGCUACAAAUGCCAGAAUUGGCAUCUCAGCCAUCAAAGAAGCCCGUCAUAAGAAACAGAGAACUACAUCCUUGACUUUUUCUGAGAUUUAUGGUGGGGUAUUCAUGAACAAUGUGUUAGGCUUCUGUGUUCUUCUUUCGCUGAUCUAUUUUCGAGGAUUAUCAUGGCAUUUCUCAGCUGAAAUACUGGUUUUGCUUAUGGUUUGUGGCAUAAUGGGAUGCCUUACAAGUUUGAGCACCUUCUUCCCAGUUUGGACAUCAGCCAUAGCAUACUUGCUUUAUCCCUUGUCUUUGGUCUUGGUUUAUGUUUUUGAUGAUUCUUUCAAUUCUUUCUCUACCUAAAUGUAAUUGAAUGAAUUUUGCAUUAAAAAAAAAAAAAAAUUUGAGCAAAACAGUUUGUUAAUAUAGGAAAUAAAGUUUAUGUUCAUCCUUCUCACUGUGUUUUCUACAAAAAAUUUCUUGGUAUAUGUGGUUCCUCAAAUGGUGAAGGUUUAAGACCUGAUAAGGCAGAAGUAGAAAACUUAUUUGAA